AUGGACCUGACUGUGGAGUCUGGGUUUUUUGAGUGGCACUGCGCCUCUGUGAGCCGCUGGGUGCAACAGACCACACUGGACAGAGGAGUCUGGUGGGUACAGUCCGUGGGGCCGGAACUGGACGCAGCUGAGCGACUGAACAGCAAAUGUGGGCGGCUGAUGUGUCCUGUGGAAAUCUCAGGGGUGCUGUGGUUAACCCUUGGUUUUAGUACCUGGUCCAGCUGUGAGUUGCAUAGACCUCAUCAGCUUAGGAUGUGGAACUGGUGUUUCUUGGGUUGUGGUUUUUUUAAAAAUUCCUCAAAACUCUCAAUUUAG